AUGGGAAGUGUUUUAUCAAAGAAACAAACUAGUUAUAUUUAUUCUGUACCUAUUCAAGGUACUGAAACACCUAAUUCAACGCCUAUAAGGAGAAAUACUCUAACUGUUGGGACAGAACUUAUAUCAAAUUUUGAAACUCCCUUAAAUAGUUGUUGGGAAUUAAUUCUACAUGGUCUUAAAGUAAGUAAUGAUUCGGAUUAUUUGGGUGAGAGAAUUGUUAAUGAGGAUGGGACAUUUGGUGAAUAUCAAUUUAAGAAGUAUUCUGAAAUUAUUGCAAUGGCUAAAGAAGUUGGAAGUGGUUUAAUACAUAUAAAGGGAUUUGAAGAUACUUCUUAUGACGAUUUUGAAUUAAAAUUAAGAUGUAUUGCUAUAUUUGGGAAGAAUUGUAUGAAUUGGUCUAUAACUGAACAAGCUUGUCAUGCAUAUAACUUAACAGCUAUUCCUUUGUAUGAUGUCACGAGAAGUGAUGGAAUUUUACAUAUUUUAAAUAGUACAAAGCCUUUAACUGUAUUCUGUAGUAGUUUAUGUGCUAAACGUUUAAUUUCAAUUCUAAAUUUAAUCGAAUCUGUAAAAUUUUUAAUUAUAUUGGAUAAUAUUAAACCAAAUUGUUCUAUUCCAUCAGAUAUAAGUAGUAGAGUGACAGUUAUGACAUUUAGUGAAUUAAGAGAUAUUGGCAGAAAGAAUAUGAAGAAACCUACUCCAGGUAAUUUAGAUUCAAUUAAUAGUAUUCAUUAUACAUCUGGAACUACAGGAUCUCCAAAAGGUGCAAUUUUAACUAAUGGUAAUUGGAUAGCUUGUACAUCAGCAUUUCUUAGAUCUCAAUUAGGUCAUAGAGAUAAUGGUGUAACUCAUUUAGAUAUUCACAUUAGUUAUUUACCACUUGCCCAUAUUUUUGAACGUAUUGUACAUAUGGUUUUAGGUUAUAGUGGAGGUAAGAUAGGAUUUUGUAGUGGAAGUAUACAAAAUAUUGUUGAAGAUAUCCAAGCUUUAAAACCUACAUUUUUUGUAACUGUUCCUAGAUUAUUAAAUAGACUUUAUGACAAAAUAAUGACUGAUUUAGAAGAAAAGCAACCUAUAUUACGAUUUUUAUUUAAUUUGGCAUUAGAACAGAAGGAGAGAAGGAAUUCUCCUUACCAUAUAUUAUGGGAUAAUAUUGUUUUCAGGAAAAUUAAAGAUAUACUUGGAGGUAAUAUUAGAGUGAUUUUAAGCGGUUCUGCUCCAUUAGAUAAAAUAAUUCAAUCAAGAAUCCGUAGUUUUGUUUGUGUACCAUGCUUUGAAGGAUAUGGUAUGAGUGAAAUAUUAGCUGCAUUUUUACCUGAAAUAGAUGAUUAUUCCCUUGGUACUAUUGGUGGACCAGCCCCAUGUUAUGAAUUUAAACUUGUAUCAGUAAGUGAUAUGGGAUAUAAUAUUAAGAAUAAUCCGCCAAGUGGCGAAUUAUAUAUUCGUGGUCCUGCAUCAUUUAUAGGAUAUUUUCUAGAUAAAGAAGGAACUAAAAAUAUUAUAUCUUCUGAUGGUUGGGUUAAAACUGGAGAUAUUUGUGAAUUAUUAAGUAAUGGGUCUAUUAGAGUAAUAGAUCGUAGGAAAAGUAUAUUUAAACUUGCCCAAGGUGAAUAUAUUGCUCCAGAGAAACUCGAAAAUAUAUAUUUAACUUGUGAAUUAGUUUCUCAAGUUCUUGUAGUAGGGAGAUCUACAGAGUCUUCAAUUGUAGCUAUAUUUGUUUUAGAUGAAGAGUUUACCAUGAAUUAUGUGAGAACUAAUAAUUUAGGUACUAAUUUGACUUUUAAAGAAGCUGUCCAACAUCAGAAAUUACUUAAAAAGAUUGCCGAUGAAUUAAAGAGAGUUGAAGAUAUUAAUGAAUUAUAUGGUUAUGAGAGAGUUAAAGCAUUUAGAUGUAUUACUGAGCAAUUUACAGUUGAAAAUAAUAUGAUGACACCAACAUUUAAAAUCAUUAGACAUAAAGCCAUAAAAUAUUAUGAGAAAGUAAUAGAUGAACUUUAUGAUGAGGUUAAUUCUAAAUUAGCUUCAAGAAAUAUCUAA